AUGGCUCUUCCACCAAAGUGGUAUCAGUUCCUUGUCUCCGUGUUUGCCUCUCUGGGCUCUCUUCUCUACGGUUAUGAUCUCGGUGUAAUUGCCGAGGUCAUUGCCUCUGGGAACUUUAAGAGCAAGUUUGGUGAUGAUCCUAAUGCUACUGGUGCUGUUGUGUCUGUCUUCACAGGCGGUGCUUUCUUUGGUGCCAUGUUCGCUGGUUAUGCUGGUGAUCGCCUCGGAAGAAAAUGGACCAUCAUGAUCGGUGCUUUGAUCUUUAUUCUGGGUGGUAGUCUUCAGACUGCCGCUGAUCACAUCAACUACCUCUAUGCGGGCCGCUGUCUCGCUGGUCUUGGUGUCGGUUUUCUCGUCAUGAUCGUCCCUGUGUAUCAAGGAGAGCUCUGCCAUCCUGACAUCCGCGGCCGCGUAACAGCCCUCCAACAAUUCAUGCUCGGCAUCGGCGCCCUCGUCGCCACAGCCAUCGGCUACGGAACUUACACUGGCAUCGGCGACGACAACUCAGGCCAGUGGCGUAUCCCCCUUGGUAUCCAGAACCUCCCCGCCGUGAUUCUUGCCGCUCUGAUCCUCUUCUUUCCCGAGUCUCCUCGUUGGUUGAUUGACCACGGCCGUGCUGACGAGGGUCUUCAAACACUCGCGAAACUUCACGCGCAUGGUGAUAUCAACGAUACCUGGGUGAGGGCUGAGUUUGAUCAGAUCCAGGAACGUCUUGCGAUGGAGCAUGAAGCUUCUGCCAAGAGCUACAGUGAGCUCUUCACUGAUAGGUCGUGCUUUCGACGUCUGUGGCUUGCUAUCUCUGUGCAAGUCGCUGCGCAGAUGACUGGCGUCAGCGCUAUUCAGUAUUACUCUGUUGAAAUCUACGCCAAGAUCGGAAUCAAGGGUGACGAGACCCUUCGAUACCAGAUGAUCUCCUCCGUCAUCGCCCUGGUCGCUCAGUUCAUCUGUAUGCUCGUCAUUGACAGAACCGGACGUCGCUGGCCUUUGAUCGGCGGUAACAUCCUCAACUGCAUCACCUUCAUCAUCGCAACUGUUCUUCUGGCUAGCUUCCCUCCUGGAUCGGAGAACACUGGUGGCGGUGCCGCUGGAUGGGGCUUCAUCGUCGUAACAUGGAUCUACAACUUCUCUUUCAGCGCUACAUGUGGUCCCUUGUCUUGGAUCAUCCCUGCUGAGAUCUUCGAUAUGAAGACUCGUGCCAAGGGCGUGUCGUUGGCUACUAUGAUGUCUUUUGCUUUCAACACCAUGAUCGGUCAGACCACCUCUGUUGCUCUUGAUGACAAGCACGGCAUUGGCUGGAGAUGGUAUAUCCUCUUCAUCGUCUGCAACUUCACCAAUGCCAUCUACUUCUGGGCUAUCCUCCCCGAGACCGCUAACCGACCCCUUGAGGAGAUGCGAUAUCUCUUCACUGAGGCGCCUUUGUUCGUCCCUCUUAUGGAUGAGGCCAAGUUUGCCGCUGGCCAGGACCUCGAGCGUCGCGUUGAGAAGGCCGAGCAGACGCAGGAGCUUGAGCACCAGGAGUAG